AUUGCUCUGCCCUUUCCAUAAUUGAAACGAUAAAUGUUGCAGUCUGGAAAACAUAUUAUACACCACUUGCAAUUGCAAUAGAGACACAUGCUCAGCUGAACAAACAUGUCUGUCUCUGUCUCAGGUUCAGGAUUGCUUAGUUUUCCCUCAGUUCAGCGACCACCCUCCAACUCUCCACUCACACCCGCUGCACUUCCUUCCUCUUCAGCUUCCACUACUAUCCACGAUGAUGAUACUGAGAACGAUUCCUCUUCACAACCCAAUACUGUUAAGACUCUCAAGUUUACCUAUAGCAGAGCAUCGCCUUCAAUCAGAUGGCCACAUCUCAAACUGUCCGAAAUGUACCCUUCUACGCAUACCCACUUGCCUCAAAACGAUGUUUCCUCCAUCAAGCCUCCACCUUCCCAAGUCCCAGAGGAAACCCACAAACCGGGUCGUUCCGUGAACGACGAAGCGCAGGAAACUCUGGGGAGGCGUAGCAAGACAAGAGUGAAAAAGAUGAACAAGUUGGCACUGAAGAGGGACAAAAAUUGGAGGGAGAGAGUGAAGUACUUAACGGAUAGGAUUCUGGGGUUGAAAUCUGAGGAGUUUGUGGCUGGUGUCUUGGAAGAACGCAAGGUUCAGAUGACACCAACUGAUUUUUGCUUUGUGGUCAAAUGGGUUGGUCAACAAAGUUGGCAACGGGCACUUGAACUGUAUGAAUGCUUGAAUUUGAGGCAUUGGUUUGCACCCAAUGCGAGGAUGGUUGCUACCAUGUUGGGUGUGUUGGGAAAGGCUAAUCAAGAAGCACUUGCUGUUGAAAUCUUCACAAGGGCUGAAUCAACCGUGGGGGACACGGUUCAAGUGUACAAUGCCAUGAUGGGUGUUUAUGCGCGAAAUGGUCGCUUCAGCAAGGUCAAGGACCUGCUUGAUUUAAUGCGUGAGAGAGGGUGUGUGCCGGAUCUCGUGAGUUUCAAUACUUUGAUUAAUGCCAGGAUGAAGAGUGGUGCAAUGGAGCCUAAUUUGGCUAUGCAGCUUUUGAAUGAAGUGAGGAGGUCUGGUAUUAGGCCUGAUAUAAUAACUUACAAUACCCUUAUAAGUGCUUGCUCAAGAGAGUCUAAUUUGGAGGAAGCUGUUGCCAUUUUUAACGAUAUGGAGUCUCAACGUUGUCAACCUGAUCUUUGGACUUACAAUGCUAUGAUUUCGGUGUAUGGUAGAUGUGGGUUUCCUAAGAAAGCCGAGCAGCUGUUUAGAGAAUUGGAGUCUAAAGGGUUUUUCCCUGAUGCUGUAACAUAUAAUUCUUUGUUGUAUGCCUUUUCAAAAGAAGGAAAUACAGAGAAGGUAAGGGAUGUUUGUGAGGAAAUGGUGAAAAAGGGGUUUGGCAAGGAUGAAAUGACAUACAACACUAUCAUACACAUGCAUGGGAGGCAGGGCCGGUGUGAUCAGGCAUUGCAGCUUUACAGAGACAUGAAGUCUUCUGGCAGGAAUCCUGAUGCUGUUACUUAUACUGUUUUGAUAGAUUCACUUGGGAAAGCUAGUAAGGUCGUGGAAGCUGCAAAUGUAAUGUCAGAAAUGUUGGAUGCGGGGGUUAAGCCCACUUUGCACACAUAUAGUGCAUUAAUUUGUGCUUAUGCAAAGGCUGGAAAGCGAGUAGAGGCUGAAGAGACAUUUGAUUGCAUGCGUAGGUCAGGAAUCAAAGCUGAUAAUCUAGCAUACUCAGUUAUGUUGGAUUUCUUUCUGAGAUUCAAUGAGAUGAGAAAGGCAAUGAUGUUAUAUCAGGAAAUGAUUCAUGAGGGUUUCACACCUGAUAAUGGUCUCUAUGAUGUCAUGCUGCAUGCACUUGUUAGGGAAAACAUGUGGGAUGUCAUUGACAGAAUUAUUAGAGAUAUGGAAGAACGGAGCAGUAUGAAUCCUCAAAUUAUUUCAUCUGUUCUUGUGAAGGGGGGAUGUUAUGAUCAUGCUGCUAAAAUGUUGAAAGUUGCCAUCAGCAAUGGCUAUGAAUUGGAUCAUGAAAAUUUUUUAUCUAUCAUGAGUUCAUACAGCUCAUCUGCUAGAUAUUCAGAAGCAUGUGAACUUCUUGAAUUCUUGAGAGAACAUGCUCCAGAUGAUAUUCAAAUGAUCACAGGAGCACUCAUCAUCAUACUUUGCAAGGCUAAAAAGUUAGAUGCAGCCUUGGAGGAGUACAGAAGUAAAGGAGGACUUGGUUCAUUUAAAAGUUGUACUAUGUAUGAAUCUCUUAUUCAGGAAUGUGUACAGAAUGAACUCUUUGACAUAGCUUCACAGAUUUUCUCUGACAUGAGAUUCAGUGGUGUUGAGCCAUCUGAAUGUGUGUACCAAAGUAUGGUGUCUGUCUACUGUAGAAUGGGCUUACCUGAGACAGCCCACCAUUUGUUGUAUCAUGCAGAGAAAAAAGGUCUAAUGCUUGAUAAUGCAUCUGUUUAUAUUGAUAUUGUUGAAACAUAUGGGAAGUUAAAGGUAUGGCAAAAGGCAGAAAGCUUAGUGGGGAGUCUUAGGCAAAGAUGUUCGAAAGUGGAUAGAAAGGUGUGGAAUGCUUUAAUAGAUGCUUAUGCAUUCAGUGGUUGUUAUGAGCGAGCUAGAGCUAUUUUUAAUACAAUGAUGAGAGAUGGCCCUUCUCCAACCGUAGAUUCCAUAAAUGGUCUAUUACAGGCUUUAAUUGUUGAUGGAAGACUAAAUGAGCUCUAUGUGGUAAUCCAGGAGUUGCAGGACAUGGGGCUCAAGAUCAGUAAAAGUUCUAUUCUUUUGACGCUUGAAGCAUUUGCUCAGGCAGGAAACUUAUUUGAGGUGCAGAAAAUAUACAAUGGAAUGAAAGCUGCUGGUUAUUUUCCCACCAUGCAUACUUACAGAAUUAUGAUUAGAUUGUUGUGCAAAUGCAAAAAAAUAAGGGAUGUAGAAGUCAUGUUGUGUGAGAUGGAAGAGGCAGGAUUCAAGCCUGAUCUUCCACUUUGCAAUUCUAUGCUUAAAUUAUAUUUAGGUAUCGAAGAUUUUAAAAGCAUGGGUAUUAUUUACCAGAAAAUUCAAGAUGCUGGUCUUAAACCAGAUGAAGAAACCUAUAAUACAUUAAUUAUAAUGUACUGCAGAGACUGUAGACCAGAAGAAGGUUUAUCAUUGAUGCAAAAAAUGAGAAGCCUUGGUCUGGAGCCUAAGUCAGACACAUACAGAAGCUUGAUUGCAGCAUUUAGUAAGCUACAACUGUAUGAACAGGCUGAGGAACUUUUUGAAGAGCUUAGAUCAGAUGGUUAUAAACUGGACCGCUCUUUUUAUCAUUUAAUGAUGAAAAUGUAUAGAACUUCUGGGGAUCAUCUGAAAGCUGAGAAUCUACUGGCUAUGAUGAAAGAAUCAGGGAUAGAGCCCACUAUUGCCACCAUGCAUUUGCUUAUGGUUUCUUACGGUAAAUCUGGGCAGCCUGAAGAAGCUGAGAAAGUCCUUAAAAACCUGACAACAACAGGCGUUGUUAUGGAUACUCUACCUUAUAGCUCUGUUAUGGAUGCAUAUCUCAAAAAAGGAUAUUUUGAAGCUGGAAUUGAAAAGCUCACGGAGAUGAAGGAAGCAGGCAUAGAACCAGACCAUCGAAUAUGGACGUGCUUUAUCAGAGCUGCAAGCUUGUCUGAGGCAGCAAAUGAAGCCAUUAUUCUUUUAAAUGCACUCGAAAGUGCUGGGUUUGAUCUCCCAAUAAGGCUUCUAAGAGAAAAAUCCGAGUCACUAGUUUCAGAGGUUGACCAAUGUCUCGAGAGACUAGAACCUCUGGAAGAUAACGCAGCCUUUAACUUUGUCAAUGCUUUGGUGGAUCUCUUGUGGGCAUUUGAACUCCGGGCUACUGCAUCAUGGGUUUUCCAAUUAGCAAUCAAGAGAAGCAUUUAUCGCCAUGAUGUUUUUAGGGUUGCUGAUAAGGACUGGGGGGCUGAUUUUAGAAAACUAUCUGCUGGAUCAGCUCUUGUUGGUCUUACGUUAUGGCUUGACCACAUGCAGGAUGCCUCCUUGCAGGGAUAUCCAGAGUCACCAAAAUCAGUUGUGCUCAUAACAGGAACAGCAGAGUAUAACAUGGUAUCCCUUGAUAGCACAUUGAAGGCGUGCCUUUGGGAAAUGGGAUCGCCUUUCCUUCCUUGUAAGACACGACACGGUGUCCUUGUAGCCAAGGCUCACUCCCUCAGAAUGUGGUUAAAAGACUCACCAUUUUGCUUGGAUCUUGAGUUAAAAGAUGCCCCAAAUCUCCCUGAAUUAAAUUCAAUACAGCUUAUCGAAGGAUGUUUUAUAAGGCGCGGCCUUCUUCCGGCAUUCAAAGAAAUCACUGAGAAACUGGAAAUAGUUAGUCCCAAGAAAUUUUCCAGAUUGGCUUUAUUACCAGAUGAAAAGAGAAGUAAGACAAUUGAAGCUUUUACUGAGGGAAGGAAAGAGAAAUUGGAAAAGAGCAAGAAAAUUGUUGACCCCAAACGGCUGAAGAGGAUCAGAAUGAUCAAGAAGCUUAGGAAGAGGAAAUAUAUUCGGGAAGCAUUCCUACCAAAUGCAAUUGGGAAACAAAGGACUUUCAAACCAAUUGGUGAAAAACGAGAAAUGUAAUUUAAUGUAAUGUGAAACACUGCGAUCAUACAUUGUACAGAUAGCAUUCUGCCUGACAAACUUCAAUUGUAAACAAAAAAUGUAGUGACCUGUUGUUUCUAAUCCAUUACCAAGAUAAGAUGUUCAUGGCAUUUAUCACUCACUCGAGUCAAUGUUGAGAUACAUGAUGUAGUCCAAGAGAAGAGAGAAAAUGAGAUUUCUAUUAUU